AUGAUAUCAUUACUUUGUGAAAAGAAUGAUACCAUUGCUUUACAUGAAAACAAUAGUACCAUUGCUCUACAUGAAAAGAAUGGUACCAUUGUUCUACAUGAAAAGAAUGAUACCAUUGCUCUACACGAAAAGAAUGAUACCAUUGCUCUACAUGAAAAGAAUGGUACCAUUGCUCUACAUGAAAAGAAUGGUACCAUUGCUCCACAUGAAAAGAAUGGAAAAUACCACUCAUGCUUGGGCAUAAUGCCACACUGUCUUUACCGGAAUUACUGUACACCACUUUCGUUCAUACAUCGAAAUCGUUAUGAUAUACAAAUUACAAUCAUUACAAAUCCCGAACAAAAGAUAAGGAAGGAAAUUUUUGGAAAAACCGCAAUUAUUGAAGGCCCCAAUUUUUCUGCCGAUACCCUGAAAAGAAAAUCGUAA